UCUUAUCAGUCCAAUUAGUGUGAAUUAUAUUCAUUAGUUUGUACUUUCUGCGACAGUCAAGAUGGGUUUAAGGAAGGUUUUCUACUUUCAGUGUUUUGCUGUAGCCACGCUUUACAUUUAUGGAGCAUUAAGCGUACAAUGUCCGGAUGGUUGGGUGCCCAAUGGUGCGUCCUGCUAUAAGUUCCAUAAUGAAGAGGCCAUCACCUUCAUCGAGGCGCAGGAAAGUUGUAAUCGCGACGAGAGUUACUUGGUACACGUGGACGACGACGUAGAAAACACCUUUCUCGUCAACACUGUGCAAACUCUAAUGCCGAUCAACAGCUGGUGGAUCGGUUUGACGGACAAUGACACCGAGGGAGUUUUUCAGUGGGUGGACGACAUGGCCAACAUCACUUACCAACACUUUAACGCUCACCAGCCUGACGACCAUGCUAGUCGCCAUGACGAGGAUUGCGUCAUCAUCUGGCACGCGCAACACUGGGGUUGGAACGAUGCCAACUGCAAACUUCAUUUCCACUAUGUCUGUGAGAUCAAUGCCGAUCCCGACAUCAUUGGAUAAACAAGACAGAUAUUAACAGAUACAUUGUGAGAUAUAACCAAUAAAACAGUGGCUUUAAUAUGAACAGAACAGAACAGACAGUUUAUUCGACAUAUACAUGACUGUGUACAUCGUCGUAAUACAUAUACAUAUAAACAU